AAUUAAAAAUGAAGAGUGAGCCAAGUCCAAGGGACUCGGGAUCGGCCAUCUUUUACUUUGCCCUCAUCUUCGGAAACCCUAACCCUAACUCCUAGUGUGUCUUAGGAGCAGAUACGCAGAUCCGUCUAGGUUGUGCCGCUCUUUACGGUUCCCGACCGAUCUUGGCCGUUUGAUCGAUUACGCAUCGCAGAUCGUGAGGGAGUGGCAGGAGUCGAACAUGCCGUCGCACGCGGAUCUGGACCGGCAGAUCGAUUAUCUCAGGGAAUGUAAGUUCCUUCCGGAGGCGGAGGUAAAAGCCCUCUGCGACCAGGCGCGGGCGAUUUUGAUGGAGGAGUGGAACGUUCAACUGGUGAAGUGUCCCGUGACGGUUUGUGGGGAUAUCCACGGCCAAUUUCACGAUCUAAUCGAGCUCUUCCGGAUCGGUGGAGAAGCCCCUGAUACAAAUUACCUUUUUAUGGGGGAUUACGUAGAUCGUGGAUAUUAUUCAGUGGAGACUGUCACACUUUUGGUGGCUCUGAAAGUUCGUUACAGGGAUAGAAUUACGAUACUUAGAGGAAACCAUGAAAGCAGGCAAAUUACUCAAGUAUAUGGUUUCUAUGAUGAAUGCUUGAGAAAAUAUGGGAAUGCGAAUGUGUGGAAAUAUUUCACCGACCUUUUUGAUUAUCUACCCCUUACAGCUCUAAUAGAAAACCAGAUUUUUUGUCUGCAUGGUGGCUUGUCCCCUUCACUGGACACCUUGGACAAUAUUCGGUCCCUCGACCGUAUACAAGAGGUCCCACAUGAAGGGCCCAUGUGUGAUCUCCUAUGGUCCGAUCCCGAUGACCGAUGUGGGUGGGGAAUAUCGCCAAGAGGUGCUGGUUACACAUUUGGACAAGACAUUUCACAGUUGUUCAAUCAUACCAAUGGCCUCUCUCUCGUUUGCAGAGCCCACCAGCUUGUAAUGGAAGGUUUCAAUUGGUCUCAGGAUAAAAAUGUUGUCACAGUUUUUAGUGCACCGAACUACUGUUAUCGUUGUGGUAACAUGGCAGCCAUUUUGGAGGUUGGGGAGAAUAUGGAACAGAACUUUCUACAGUUUGAUCCAGCACCGAGACAGAUCGAGCCCGAUACCACCCGCAAGACUCCAGACUAUUUUCUGUAAUUUUGAUAACUCAAUACGUUUGGUAGGAGUGCUUUAAUCUGCUACAAGGUGUGUGCAGUAAUGAGAAUCAUCACCCUCAUUCUUUCAUGUAGAGUUUUUGCUGCUGCUGUCACCAUUCCAAUGUUAGUAGUUGUAGGAAACUGAGAAUGUUAUAUUGUGCAUUUUGUAUGUGAAGAAAUGAUGAGGGAGCAGCAAUAACAAGCAGAAAUUGCCAUUCUCAUAUUUUGGCUUUUCGCCUAACCAAAGAAAGACAACAAGAUAUCUAUUUCUAGUGUAUCUAAGCAUUUCGUCUAAAUUGGUCAUCCUAUGUCUCCAAGAGAAGCUUUCGUCCCCGUUGCCCAUGGAGCGGCUCGUCUUUCUGUGGACUUUGCUGCAUCCAACUGGAGUGCUACGUGAAAUGCUUCAGGAAAUAGUAUCAGAAUUGGUUUAUUGAUGCCAAAUAUUGUGGCAUCUGUAAGUUGAGACUUUAUUGAUGUGUUUUAAGAAAGAAUUAUUGAGGAACAUUAUUUUCUUGAUUAUUCCAAUAAUUUGCCUUGAUGAUGGUUUUUACACUUUA